UACACCCUCUUACUCUCUCAUAUACCGCCGUGAGUCACCGGCUUUAAAUGCGUUUUCAAAUUCUCGGCGAGAAUUGAAACCGACCGUACGUAGCUACAUACGCUGUUUGUUCGUUAAGAAUCACGUGUCAGUCAUGGGUUGCAACACGUCGAAGCUUGACGGCCUCCCUGCCAUCGCUCUGUGCCGUGAUCGCUGUAAUUUCCUGGAAGACGCGCUACAGCAUAGCUACGCCCUGGCCGAUGCGCACGUGGCCUAUAUGCAGUCUCUCAAGACGCUUGGCUCCACGCUUCAUCAGUUGUUCGACAAUCAGGAAGUUAAUAUUCCAUCCAACGGUGAUCCUCCUGCCAAAUUAUCGAAAUCUUCUCCACCUGACCGGUCUCCAUCGAGUUUAACCUCAGAUUCACAUAUUCAGUUCGAUUCCGACUCCGAAGAUGAAGAUAGAAUUAAAGAUUUUGAAUCAUAUGACCGUAAUUAUUCCAACUAUUUUAAUACGUUCGUGUCUAUGAAUUAUAACGACAAUUCUAGAAGUUACCGGUAUAACGGUGAAAUGAGUGGUCGUGAUUGGGCGUCCAAAACGCCACCGCCUCCAACUCCAAGCGGCUCCUCUUGGGAUUUCUUGAACUUCUUUGAGCCACUCGAGAAAUAUGACAAUCCGUACGGCGUUACUCGUGAUUCACAACAAGACGUAGAAGCUGACGAGAAAAAACAAAAACAUGAACAAGUUUCAGCUGGAAGUGACAAGGCUCUGCCUUCUUUGGCGAAAGAGAAGGGUGAUGAUGUGGAGAAAAAGAAGGUAAUCUCAGAGAAAGAGCGUUCGGAGGAGUCUGAAUCAAAAAGUAGUAAUCACAAUGGUCAACGAGGUGUCUCCGAGGUUAUGAGAGAAGUACAGGUUCAGUUUGAAAAAGCAUCUGAGUCUGGUAAUGAGGUUUUGAAAAUGUUUGAUGCCUGUAGAUUUCGUUAUCAUAAAAAAUUUUCUGUCUACGGUCAAGUAUCCUCAAAGAUGUUGCACGCGGUGAGUCCAUCGAGAAUGGUGGCAUCUACAUAUAUCAAUUAUCAAGGUUUGGGGGACGAUGUGGUUCUGAAUUCAAAGAAUCUGACUGCAACUCUGAAGAAACUGUGCCUAUGGGAGAGAAAACUCUAUGAUGAAGUUAAGGCUGAGGAAAAAUUACGCCUACUUUAUGCGAGGAAGUGUAGGCAGAUGAAAAGUAUGGAUGAGAAAGGUGCUGAAACUCUUAAAGUUGAUGCAGUUCGAACCAUGCUCAGGACUUUAUCUACUAGAAUCAAAAUUGCAAUUCACGUCAUCGACAAGAUGUCUAUUGCUAUAAAUAAGCUGAGGGAUGAAGAAUUGUGGCUGCACAUCAGGGAUUUGGUUCAGAGGUUACUUGAAAUGUGGAAAUGUAUGCUUGAAUGUCAUAGGUGUCAGUCACAAACAGUUUUGGAAGCCAAAGCUUUAGAUGCCAUUGCAUCAAAUGCAAAGCUUGACCAUGCUCAUCUUGAAUUUGCCAUAAAACUCAAGUUUGAGCUGCAAAAUUGUAACCUAAACUUCUCCAAUUGGAUUGAAGCACAAAAAUGUUAUGUCAAAGCCUUGAAUGGUUGGCUAAUGAAAUGUCUUCGAUAUGAACCUGAGGUAACUCCUGAUGGUAUAGUGCCCUUCUCUCCUGGUAGGAUUGGAGCACCCCCUGUGUUUGUGAUAGCUUAUCAGUGGUCACAAGCCAUGGAUACACUAUCUGAAAAAGAAGUGACUGAAGCCAUCUAUGAUUUCUCUGCAUGUGUAAAUCAACUCUUGGAGCAUCAUAAAGUAGACCUGCAGCAAAUGGUAAUCACCAACAAGGAUGUGGAAAGACAAGUUAAGAUCAUGGAGAGGGAGGAGCAAAAAAUCCAGAAGGUCAUACAAGCUCGAGACAGAAGGAUGAUUCUUUUGGCUAGGGAAGGGAGUGGUAGUAUGCAUUCUAGUCUAAAACAGAUUUUCAUGGCCAUUGAGAAAUUCGCUGUCAACUCCAAACAGGCUUACGAUGAGCUUCACGUACUAAUUGAAGAAAGAAGUUCAGUCAAGUGAUGCCAGCACGUCCUUUAUCUCAAAAUCUCGUAAUCCUUGUACUUUUGCCAUUGUUUUUUGCUUUUGUAGUGCAGUUAUCUGUAAACAAAUUGUUAAAGAGAGAUUCCUCUUAUAAAAUAUAUGUGUGUGUGCCUUUUGAAAGGUAGAAUUUUGAGCACAUUUCUUGUCUUAGUCAACAAUGGAUUUAGAACCAUUGUUUGGGAGGCAAUAUUUGCUCAAUUUGUCUAUUUGUAAGGCAAGUGUUCGAAUUGUGAUUUAUCCAGUUACAUUUCAGCAAUAUUAGAAGAGUCUUUGUUUA